CCGCCCGCCCCCGCCAUGCCGCCUGGGAAGCCCCUGCAGCCCGUGCUGCGGAUGAAGGUGGACGAGCUUUUCCUGCGCUGGCUCAGCGACCCCGGCACCCAGGACGCCCUGCGAGAGGGGCUGCGGCGGCUGCAAGCGGGGGACGGCGACCCUGACGUCAUCACUGGGGGCGACCCUGACAGCGUCAGGGCUGACCUCAUCGGCAGGGGUGACGUCAUAGCCCGGGGUGACGUCAUCACCGGGGCCCCCUUCGCCCAGCCUGCAUCGCCGCUGGACAUCACCGGAUGCAGGAGAGCCUCGAGGAAGACGAAGGUGCUGCAGACCCGGAAUCAUGAGCCCCCGCUGGCCCCGCCUCCACCCCCUCCCACAGCGGCCCUGCCCCCAGGUCUCGCAGUCCCUGCCUUCUUCUUCCCACGUGGGCGCCCGGGGGCGGGGCCGGACUUGGAUGACAUCAUCGCCCGGGUGGAGCGGGUGUUCGCGGGGUUCGAGAGUCAGCGGGCAGGGCCCAGGGACAUGGGCGUGGUCGCCAAGGCCUGCGGCUGCCCGCUCUACUGGAAAGCCCCACUGUUCUUUGCUGUGGGCGGGCCGCGCACCGGGUCAGUGUCUGUGCACAAGUUCCUGGCCAUGUGGCGGAAUGUGCUGGUCACGUGUCACGAUGACGCCGCCCGCUUCAUGCAGCUGCUGUCAGUGCCAGGGGGCAGGGGCCUCGCCCAGGAGGAUUUCCUGCCCCUCCUCCAGGAUGUGGUCCACACCCACCCUGGCCUCGCCUUCCUGAAGGAGGCGCCCGAGUUCCACUCCCGCUACAUCACCACGGUCACCCAGAGGAUUUUCUACAGUGUCAACCGCUCCUGGUCAGGGCGGAUCACGUGUGCAGAGCUGAGGCGGAGCCGCUUCCUGCAGGAGGUGGCGCGGCUGGAGGCGGAGCCUGACGUGAACCGGCUGCCCGAGUUCUUCUCCUAUGCCCACUUCUACGUCAUCUACGUCACCUUCUGGGGGCUGGAUGGGGACCACGAUCUGAUGAUUGACAGGCGGGACAUGGGUCGUCAUGGAGAUGGAGCCAUUUCCUCCCGGGUGAUUGACAGGAUCUUCUCAGGUGCCGUGACCCGGGGCCGCUCUGUGCACUCGCUCGGGAAGCUGAGCUUCGCUGACUUCGUGUGGUUCCUGAUCUCCGAGGAGGACAAGACCACGCCCACCAGCAUCGAGUACUGGUUCCGCUGCCUGGACCUGGAUGGGGACGGCGUGCUCUCCAUGUUCGAGCUCGAGUUCUUCUAUGAGGAGCAGGCGCGGCGCCUGGAAGCCCGGGGCAUCGAGCCGCUGCCCUUCCGUGACCUCGCGUGCCAGAUGCUGGACAUGGUGAACCCGCGCGUGCCCGGGCAGAUCACGCUCCGUGACCUCAAGCGCUGCGCCAUGGCCGCCACGUUCUUGGACGCCUUCAUCAAUGCCGACAAAUUCCUGGAGCGCGAGCAGCGCGAGCAGGGGGCGGGGCCCGCGCGGGACGUGGACCCCGCGGGCCCCGAGCUGUCGGACUGGGAUCGGUUUGCAGCCGAGGAGUACGAGGCCCUGGUGGCGGAGGAGGAGGAGGACGCCCCCGAGAGCCUCUUGGAUCUGGAGUUCGCAAUUGGUGACGAUCUGGAGCCUCUGUGACAUGCGAGUCUCGGAGUGGGGCCAUGAGGACAUGGGAACGCCCACCCCAGCAGCCCUGCUCCUAGCCCCUCCCCAUGACGUCACGGGGCCAUCACACGUGUGCGCCGUGACGUCACACUUCGUAUUUUUGGAUAAAGAUUUUCAGAGAUUUUCA